AUGAAGGUGAUGGGACGGGACAAUGACAGCUCACUAGGGGGAUUUAUCCUAGUGGGUUUUUCUGACCGGCCCUGGCUAGAGCUGAUUCUCUUUGCUUUUGUAUUAGUCUUCUAUACCCUGACUCUUUUGGGCAACAUAACAAUUAUUGUGUUGUCGAUUGUAGAUUCCCGACUACACACCCCUAUGUACUUCUUCCUAAGCAACCUCUCCUUUCUGGACCUCUGCUUUACUACCAGCAUUGUCCCCCAGCUGCUGUGGAAUCUAUGGGGUCCCAAGAAGACUAUCAGCUACAAUGGUUGUGUGGCCCAGCUCUAUAUUUACAUGGUACUGGGUUCUACUGAAUGUGUACUCCUGUGUGUCAUGUCCUAUGAUCGUUAUGUUGCUGUUUGCAGACCCUUGCACUAUACUGUUGUCAUGAACCCUAGACUCUGCCUACAACUGAUGGCUGUGUCCUGGUUCUGUGGUUUCCUCAACUCUUUUGUUAUGUGCCCCCAGACCAUGCAACUGGCACGCUGUGGACACCAUCAGGUGGACCACUUUCUAUGUGAAAUGCCAGCCCUCAUUGCCAUGGCCUGUGAAGAUACCGCACUGGUUGAAGCCUUUGCCUUUGUACUUGGCGUGGUCCUCCUUCUGGUGCCCCUAACCCUGAUUCUCACUUCCUAUGGCAUGAUUACUGUGGCUGUGCUAAGGAUCAAAUCAGCAGCAGGGCGUAGGAAGGCCUUCAACACCUGCUCUUCCCACCUUAUAGUGGUUUCCCUCUUCUAUGGGACCAUCAUCUAUAUGUAUCUUCAGCCAGCCAAUAGUUACUCCCAGGACCAGGGGAAGUUCCUCACCCUGUUCUACACUAUUGUAACCCCCAGCAUCAACCCCCUUAUCUAUACCCUAAGGAACAAGGAUGUGAAAGAGGCAAUGAAAAAACUCCUGGGCUGGAAACAGGGGACAGGAGGAGUGUGA